AAUCGCAAUAACAGAAAAAUCAAAACUCCGGGGUUCGAUCACACAAAUAUCAUCGUUAAUCGUAGAGAGAGAGAAAGUGUGUAUGUGAUAAGACCCCGAAAGAAAGUGCAAUCACGAAAAGAUCAAUUUUUUUGGAGACUCCGAAAAUAUCAAAAUUUUUUUUUUCAAUUGUUGAUUCUAGUGAGGAGUAAUUAGAGUUGGAAUUAUUAUUCCAUUUUUUGAUCUCACCGGGGUUUUUACCGGUGGUUGGAUUCCGAUUGAUCGCCGACGAGGUAAAGAUUAGGGUUGAAGCGACUACGUGUGGAUAUAAGGAAGGAACAAGGAAGGAGAGAAGGAGAAGAGGAAUAAGAAGAAGAUGGUGAAUGCGAUGGUGGACAGAGCGACGAGCGACAUGCUCAUCGGGCCGGAUUGGGCUAUGAAUAUCGAGAUCUGCGAUAUGUGCAAUCACGAUCCUGCGCAAGCAAAGGAUGUUGUAAAAGGCAUUAAAAAACGGCUUGGUAGUAAGAAUCCAAAAGUCCAGCUUCUUGCCUUAACACUUUUGGAGACAAUUGUCAAGAAUUGUGGUGAUAUUGUCCAUAUGCAUGUUGCUGAGAAAGAUUUGCUUCAUGAGAUGGUGAAAAUUGUGAAAAAGAAGCCCGACUUCCAUGUCAAAGAGAAGAUAUUGAUUCUCAUAGAUACUUGGCAAGAAGCAUUUGGAGGACCAAGGGCAAGAUACCCACAGUACUUUGCUGCAUACCAGGAAUUAUUGCGAAUUGGAGCAGUUUUUCCUCAGAGAUCUGAGAGGUCGGCACCUGUAUUCACUCCCCUUCAAUCACAGCCUCUGUCAUCUUAUCCCCAAAAUCUUCACAACCCAGAAUCUAGACAGGAAGCCGAGUCUUCAGCAGAGGCUGAAUUUCCUACCUUAAGUCUGACAGAAAUUCAAAAUGCACGUGGAAUUAUGGAUGUCCUGGCAGAAAUGCUAAAUGCUUUGGAUCCAGCGAAUAAAGAGGGACUGAGGCAGGAGGUUAUUGUUGACUUGGUGGAACAAUGCCGGACAUACAAGCAAAGAGUGGUACACCUUGUUAACUCGACUUCAGAUGAAUCAUUGUUAUGCCAAGGACUAUCACUGAAUGAUGAUUUGCAACGUGUUUUGGCUAAGCAUGAAGCAAUUUCUUCAGGAUCAUCAGUUCAAACAGAGAAACCAAAGCCAGAACCUGUUAAAUCCCUUGUGGAUGUUGAUUCUCCACUUAUUGAUACUGGAGAUAGCAAACGUACUGACCAAGGAUCUACUUCUAAUGCCAGUUUAGGGACACAGUUACUCCUUCCUGCCCCACCGACAGCUAAUGGUCCAUCAACAACUCCAACCAAGGCUAGCCCAAAAAUGGAUCUUUUGAGUGGAGAUGAUUUUAGCUCACCUACUGCUGAGAAUUCGAUGGCAAUAGUUCCUGUAACCUUCGGGGAACCGCAGCCAGUGACUCCUGUUUCUCAGCAGAAUGCCCUAGCACUUGUUGACAUGUUUUCACAAGGUAGCAACGCUCAACCAAUGGGUUCUGUUGGACAAACAUAUCCUACACCCCCUCAAGUCCAGCAGCAGCAGAGCUUUCCGACUCCUCAAUCGCCAAUAUACCCAAAUGGAAGUGCCCCUGGCACAAUGUUCCCUCAAUAUGAACAGUCUCUCUACGCGCAAGGGUCUAACUCUGCCUGGAAUGGGGCAGUUGCUCAGCAACAGCAGCCAUCUUUACCAGCUUAUGGUGCUCAAACUGGUGGUUCAUUUCCUCCUCCUCCAUGGGAGGCUCAGCCCUCAGAUAGCAACCAAUUGCCAGGCAGUCACAGCUCUCAACAAAUUACACAGGUGGUUGCAACGCAGUCUCAGCCAUUGCCAGGUGGCACUUAUCCAUCACAGCCUAUUCCAAAUGACCAGUAUGUUGGUAUGUAUAUUCAACCUAUCAGCAGUGCGCAGCCUGGUGCAAUUAACCAUCAGGCUAUACAAAGCAAUCAAUAUGUAGGCAUGCAACAACCGAUGCAAGGGGGGCUAUCGAUGGGCAUGUAUCCUCAACCGAUGCAAUCUGGCCAGAUGGCUUACAUGUAUCCUCAGCAAAUGUAUGGCAGCCAAAUGGGAGGUUAUGGCUAUGGCUAUGGACAGCAACAAAGUGCUCAGUACCUUGACCAAAGAAUGUCUGGUCUUUCUGUGAGGGAUGACAGUGUCCUGGGCAACUCACCUUAUCCUGGUUCCACUCCUUCCUACGUGCACGUGCCUUCAGGAAAGCCCUCAAAACCUGAAGACAAGUUAUUUGGAGACCUUGUCGACAUGUCCAAAUUCAAAUCUCCAAAAGCCGCUUCUGGCCGGGCUGGUAGCAUGUGAUAAUGACUGGUUUUGCAUUUUUCUUGCAUUUUGUUUGCUGCUAACUUUUGCCAAUCCAUUUUUUUUUGGUCUCUCGAUUUCUUUGUUUUACUUUAGAUUUUUAUCAUUGUGAUAUAUAUGAUCUUUUGUUCCAUAUGUUUUAUUUGCUUUACUAUUAGGAGUUUGUACAUUAAUUGUAGAAAGAAGAGGAGAAAAACAAAUAAAACUUAAUUUGGACGUUUCAGGGUGAAUACAGAUAAGUUUUUGAUCA